UUUUCCUGCCUCUCUUGCCACUUUGCGGUUGCCUUCGAAACCUCCAUAAGGUGCUCGGUGUGGCCUUCUUGUUUCACAAGCAGAGUCUGAUCCUCCCUGUCUCGGAUGUCCUUCAGCCUUGGUGGUCUAGCUUGACCUGUCCUGACCUGUCUUGCUGGCUUUUUGUCCCUUUUCGGAGAUCUCCUUAGAUCUACAAUUAUAUUUAUAUUGUACAGCCGCUUUCUUCCCUUACUUUCCGAAGAUAACUAGUCUGAAGAUUCACUCAUUGGCUUGGCUCGGCUCGCUGUGAAUGCCACUCAUCCUAUACCGUCAGCCAGCCGUCACUGGGGUUGAUCAACGCAGGAUAAAUUGACGUCGGUAUAUACACGUCCCACUCAUCAUCCCACGCAACCACGGAUCUCUGCCCAGUGCGACCACCAACAUGGCUUCACUUAUGGACGAACGGACACUGCUGUGGAUAGGACUUGCCAUAUGCGCCAGCAUUGUCACUUAUCUCAGUCUAAGCCAACGACAGAGAGACCUUGUCUUCAAACGACUCCAGUUGAGGGGUCGGCGAGCUUCGAGUGCCAACACGCCCCCAAGAUCGCUCUCCCCGGACAAGAAGGACCCUUCCAAUGCACCACCCAAAUCGUCUGAAUAUGUCAGCACCUUCCCGCCUUUGCUUCGAGAGAAUCUUGAACAAGUCGCCGCUUCGUUACCGGAAGAUCAGCGCAAAGCCAUGGGUGAUCUAAGCUUUGACGAGAACAAUUGGACCAAGUCGAUCUUGGAUUUCGAAGAAGAUUUCCGCAAGGCCGACGCGGACAAAUACGUCUUCACCGGCGUGAAGAUCCAAGAGGUUCGAGCUCUAGGAGAUUUCCCGGACUAUUCCACUCUCAGUGGUGUCCCCUUGCCAGAACCAUAUCCCGAACAUGACAUUGACAAGGCGUUUGCUCGACCAUACCGACCAUUCAGAUGGAAUUACCAUCAGACCAUGUCCCUCACCAAACUCGAACCCAACUGGUGGAUUGAGCUCGAAAAGACUUACAAACAGCGAAUCUCCCAACGCAAAAAACUCUACGCUGAGCACGGCGAAGCCGUCCUGCAAUGGCUCCCUGGCUCGGAACUCGCAUGUAAAGAGCUCAUGGAGAUGGUACUCCAGUUUAUCUGCGCAAGGUAUCCUCAGUAUUUCACGCUGCAUUCUGAUAAACGCACAUUCGAGAACAAAAUCCUCGGCACGACUCAAGACGUCAAGGCCAAGCACCCUCUACUGGUGCUUCUCGACAACGUCCCCGAGGACUUUGCCAUCACGCUGCGCAACCCGGAAACAGGCUACUAUCAUUUCCGCGCGGGCGUGAUAUGCUCGGCUCUCGGCUGGAAUGUAGGGACCAAGAUCGGCAUGAACCUGCAACAGAUCCACGCGCCUAUCCCGGAUUACAAGGAGAAGAUGCAAUUCAGUAUGGAUCGAUUCUUCACAAAAAUGCCCGCCGGUAGACCCAUCCAGCGGGGUUCCUGGGGCCUCGAGGUCGAUCAACCACUGUACAUGCCUCCAGGGGACCCUCACGAGAAGUACCGGGAUUUCCAGAUGCCUGACCUCGAGACGGAGCGGGUGCAUCUGCGGGUGGACUGGCAGACGCUGCGACGGCUGCCGCUGAGUGGCGGGAUCGUGUUCAACUUCAAGGCGCUGUUCACGCCCAUCACCGAGUUCCGCGAAGAGGCGUAUGUGCCGAGUCUGGUGUUGAAGGUGUUGAGGGAUGGCAAAGAGAAUCUGAUGAAGUACAAGAACACAUGGCAUGUCGAGCACAAGGUCGUCCCCGCGCUGGAGGAGUACGAGCGCGAACAAAAGGCACAGGGUACGGUGGAGAAGGAUUGGCAGGUACAUACACUCGAUGAGGCGCCCUGGUUUCCGGGCUGGAAGGAGAAGUGGGAACGGCAGCAGGGGUUUGUGCCGGAGGAGUUCAGAUAGUGCUGAACCGACUGGACAGACCAAAGAGAGGUGAGGGAGGGGAGUGGGUCGGAGACAGAGGAAGGCAAGGAGGGAGGCAAGCAAGCAAGCGAGCGUGCAAGGGAAAGGAAAUGAAAUAAAACGAAACGAAAUGAAAUGAAGACAAGGGGAGGACGUAUAGUCAAAGGCAUCAAAGGGCCAUGAACCGCACCGCUUGGACCGGGUCUAGGUUAUAUAGGCGUUAAUGUGGGUUAGCCGAUCUGGUGAGAGAGAGCGCCAGACAGAGAAACAGAGAGAUGCCUCGUCGGCGGCAAUAAUGCAUCUGUAUACUCUGACUAGCAGC